AUGGCCUCCGGCAACGAAGUGGUGAGAGUCGUCGCCACCACCCGCGUCCCUCUCCUGCGCCGGCCGCCGCCGCACCUCGAGCAGGUCCCGCUCUCCCUCUUCGACGUCUGGUUCUUGCCGCAGCCGCCGAUACAGCGCCUCUUCCUCUACGACGACGGCGCCGACUACGCGUCGCUCAAGUCGUCCCUCGCCCACGCCAUCGCCAUCUUCUUCCCGCUCGCCGGGAAGCUCACGCACCUGUCCUCCACGGGCGACGUCGUCGUCGACUGCUCGCCGCCCGCCGUCGGGGACGGGGUCGCGUUCCUGGAGGCCGAGGCCGACGGCGACGCGCGGGUGCUGUCGGCCGCCGAGAGGCAUGACGUCCCCGCGUUCUUGCGGCUCGUGCCCAGCCUGGAGUCCCCCGAGCUCCCCGCGCCGCUUCUGGAGGUUCAUGGACGCGUGGUCGGCGGCGGCGCGCGGACGUCCAUUCCCAGCUGCGCCGGCGUUUGA